GUUGACCAAGUGGUAGAACCUAUCUUGCCUAGCCAUGGCCCUACUAGAAAUUUGUCUAGCCCUCCUGGGCAUCGGUCUGCUGCUCUACAAAUGGAGCACCUCCACCUUCAAGACCUUCGAGGAGCGGAACCUGUACUUCGAGAAACCGUACCCCUUCGUCGGGAACAUGGCUGCAUCGGCCAUGCAGAAGGCCUCAUUCCAGAAGCAGCUCUCCGAGUUCUACAUUCGCACUCGACAACACAAAAUCGUGGGCCUAUUCAAUCUUCGUACGCCAAUGAUCCAGCUGAACGACCCUGAACUCAUCAAGAAGAUCUGCGUGAAGGACUUUGACCACUUCCCCAACCACCAGCUCUUCAUCACCACCAAUGAGCGUCUGAUCAAUGACAUGCUCAGCGUGAUGAGGGAUCAGCGGUGGAAGCAUAUGAGGAACACAUUGACCCCAGUCUUCACGGCUGCCAAGAUGCGCAACAUAUUCACCCUGAUGAACGAUAGCUUCGCGGAAUGCCUCCAGCACCUGGACACCCCAACGGGUACAUCGGCUGGCGGCAAGGGUUUCGAGGUGGACAUGAAGGUGUUGUGUAACAAGCUCUCCAACGACAUUAUCGCCACAACCGCGUUUGGACUGAAGGUGAAUUCGUUUGACAACCCGGAGAAUGAGUUCUACGAGAUCGGACAGUCACUGGUGUUCUCCCGCGGACUUCAGUUCUUCAAGUUCAUGAUGGCCUCGCUAGUGCCCAAACUUUUUAACUUAUUUGGUGUAACAAUCUUCGACUCCAGUAAAGUGGAGUACUUUGUUCGCCUGGUGGUGGAUGCCAUUAGGUACCGAGAAAAGAACAAUAUCACGCGUCCCGACAUGAUCCAACUGCUGAUGGAGGCCAAGAAGGAGUCGGAGGAUAAGUGGACCGACGAUGAGAUUGUGGCCCAGUGCUUCAUCUUCUUCUUUGCUGCCUUCGAAAACAACUCCAAUUUGAUUUGCACCACCACCUACGAACUGCUGCACAAUCCCGACAUCCAGGAGCGAUUGUACGAGGAGGUAAAGGAGGCCCAAGAGGCUCUGAAGGGCGGUUCCCUCACCUAUGACGCCGUGCAGAAGAUGACCUACAUGGACAUGGUCAUUUCCGAGUCCCUGCGUAAGUGGACUCUUGCGGCCGCCACCGAUCGUCUCUGCUCCAAGGACUACACCCUCACGGAUGAGGACGGCAACAAGGUUUUCGAUUUCAAGGUGGGCGACCGCAUCAAUAUCCCGAUCUCUGGGCUGCACAUGGACGAUCGUUACUUCCCGGAACCCAGAAAGUUCGAUCCGGAGAGAUUUAGCGAUGAGCGAAAGAACGAGUUGGUACCCUACACAUAUUUGCCUUUCGGUGUAGGACCUCGUAACUGCAUAGGAAACCGCUAUGCUUUGAUGCAGGUGAAGGGCAUGCUUUACAACCUGCUGUUGCACUACAAGAUCGAGGCUUCUCCAAGGACCACCAAGGAUCUGUGGGGAUCGGCACGCGGCUUUAAUUUUACCCCCCGGUCCGGAUUCUGGAUGAACUUGGUGCCCCGAAAAUAAAAUUAUGGUGUAAAUAAAAAGGCGACUGAGCUGUUUUAGAAUAAAAUACACAGACAUAUAUUUUA